CACUCCUUACUACUGCCUGCGAUGUGUCUCCACGCCGCUCGCCCACUGGAAUAUCACUCCGUGUGACAAGUGACGGAUUUUACGCGCACGCCACGCCGCUCGGUUUUCCAAAAUAAAGGGGGACACCGCGGCAGCGGCCAAUGCCUUUUACCAUGACUGUGGGAUUAAUACAGAUUUUGUGCGUGGUUUCGGCGGUUUUCGCGAUGGAAGAAACGUUGAUGGACACUCGGACUGCCACAGCAGAGCUUGGGUGGACGGCGUACCCUUCCUCAGGGUGGGAGGAAGUCAGUGGUUAUGACGAGAACCUCAACACCAUCCGAACAUACCAGGUAUGCAACGUCUUUGAAUCCAACCAGAACAACUGGCUGCUCACCACAUUCAUCGCUCGGCGUGGAGCUCAACGCAUCUACGUGGAGAUGCGGUUCACCGUCCGAGACUGCAGCAGCAUCCCUCGGGUUCCUGGAUCCUGCAAGGAGACCUUUAACCUCUACUACUACGAGACAGACUCUGUGAUCGCCACCAAGGGUACAGCUUUCUGGAUGGAAGCUCCGUAUCUGAAAGUGGACACCAUCGCAGCAGAUGAGAGCUUCUCACAGGUGGACUUUGGUGGCAGGUUGAUGAAAGUGAACACAGAAGUGCGGAGUUUUGGUCCACUGUCCAAAAAUGGCUUUUAUUUGGCAUUUCAGGACUAUGGCGCGUGCAUGUCUCUGCUGUCUGUGCGUGUGUUUUAUAAGAAAUGCCCCAGCGUGGUGCAGAACUUUGCAAUAUUUCCCGAAACUAUGACGGGAGCAGAGAGCACCUCACUUGUGAUCGCUCGAGGGAUGUGCAUCCCGAACUCGGAGGAAGUGGAUGUACCAAUAAAGUUGUACUGUAAUGGUGAUGGGGACUGGAUGGUUCCGAUUGGGAGCUGCACCUGCAAGGCUGGUUUCGAGCCGGACAAUGGGAACGUCUGUCGAGCUUGUCCUCCAGGGACGUUUAAGUCCAGUCAAGGGACGGGUAUGUGUAUCCAGUGUCCACCAAACAGCAGGUCAACAUCAGAAGCAGCCACCAUCUGCGUCUGCAGGAACGGCUACUACAGAGCAGACGGAGAGCAGCCAGACAUGCCCUGCACCAGUGUUCCCUCUGGGCCGCGGAAUGUCAUAUCCAUUGUAAACGAGACCUCUGUGACUUUGGAGUGGCACUCUCCACGUGAGACAGGUGGACGUGAUGACGUGGUUUACAAUAUUGUUUGUAAGAAAUGCCAGGCAGACCGGCGAUCAUGCUCUCACUGCGACGAUAAUGUGGAAUUUGUCCCCCACCAACUGAGUCUGACCGAAACCAGAGUCUUCAUCAGUAACCUACUGGCCCACACACUCUACACAUUUGAGAUCCAGGCGGUCAACGGCGUCACUAACAAGAGCCCGUAUCCUGCUCAGCAUGUCUCCAUAGACAUCACAACCAACCAAGCUGCUCCGUCCAUUGUUCCUAUAAUGCAUCAGGUCAGUUCUACGAUGAAAAGCAUCACGUUGUCAUGGCCACAGCCUGAACAGCCCAAUGGAAUCAUUCUGGAUUAUGAGCUACGCUACUAUGAGAAGGAUCUGUCUGAGAUGAACUCUACGCAGGUGAAAAGUCAGACGAACACAGCUCGUGUGGAUGGUUUACGGCGAGGCACUAUGUACGUGAUGCAAGUUCGUGCCAGGACAGUCGCUGGUUUCGGCAAAUACAGUAGCAAAAUGUGCUUCCAAACCCUCACAGAUGACGACUAUAAAUCAGAGCUAAGGGAGCAGUUGCCAUUGAUUGCGGGCUCAGCCGCGGCUGGAGUGGUCUUCAUUGUGUCUCUUGUGGCCAUAUCUAUAGUCUGUAGCAGAAAACGAACGUACAGUAAGGAGGCCGUGUACAGCGACAAACUCCAGCACUACAGCACCGGCAGAGAACUCUCUUUGAGGCCGGAUCUGUCGAACUGCCACACGCCAAUGGGCUGCCCAACCCUUCCUGGCUCUCCAGGGAUGAAGAUCUACAUCGACCCCUUCACCUAUGAGGACCCCAAUGAAGCUGUGAGAGAGUUUGCCAAGGAGAUUGAUGUCUCCACUGUCAAGAUUGAAGAAGUUAUUGGGGCAGGUGAGUUUGGGGAAGUGUAUAAAGGUCGACUCAAACUGCCCGGAAAACGAGAGAUCUAUGUUGCCAUCAAAACACUGAAGGCGGGCUAUUCUGAGAAGCAGAGACGUGACUUCCUGUCAGAGGCGUCGAUCAUGGGGCAAUUUGACCACCCCAACAUCAUUCGUCUGGAGGGCGUAGUCACCAAGAGCCGGCCAGUCAUGAUCGUCACAGAGUUUAUGGAGAACGGGGCUCUCGACUCCUUCCUUAGGCAAAACGAUGGGCAGUUCACAGUAAUCCAGCUGGUCGGGAUGUUGAGGGGUAUUGCAGCAGGGAUGAAGUAUCUGUCUGAAAUGAAUUACGUCCACCGAGACCUCGCCGCCCGCAACAUCCUGGUCAACAGCAACCUUGUGUGCAAGGUGUCGGAUUUUGGCCUGUCCCGUUAUCUGCAGGAAGACACCUCUGACCCAACCUACACCAGCUCACUGGGUGGAAAAAUUCCAGUGAGAUGGACCUCACCAGAAGCUAUUGCUUAUAGGAAGUUCACUUCUGCUAGUGAUGUCUGGAGUUACGGUAUCGUCAUGUGGGAGGUGAUGUCCUUUGGUGAGAGACCCUACUGGGACAUGAGCAACCAAGAUGUGAUCAAUGCUAUCGAGCAGGAUUACAGGCUGCCACCACCCAUGGACUGCCCCACUGCUCUACACCAGCUGAUGCUCGACUGUUGGCAGAAAGAUCGCAACGCUCGACCGCGAUUUACGGAUAUCGUCAACACACUCGACAAACUCAUCCGCAACCCCACAAGCCUUAAAGCAGUCGCCAGUAUACCCAAUAUUCCAUCCCAGCCAUUGUUGGACAGAUCCAUCCCGGACUUUACCACAUUUAGUUCUGUAGAAGACUGGCUGGCCGCCAUUAAGAUGUCUCAGUACAGAGACAACUUCCUCAACUCCGGCUUCACAUCCCUCCAGCUCGUCACCCAGAUGACAUCAGAGGACCUGUUGAGGAUAGGUGUGACUCUGGCCGGCCAUCAGAAGAAAAUCCUCAACACCAUCCAGUCCAUGCAUCUGCAAAUGUCCCAGACGCCCACUGCGCUGGCAUGACUACAGGGGGCGCCAGACGAUGGGCUGGGCAGCUUGCAGAAGAGUUACCAACGGGUGAGCCCAAUCCCUUCGGAGCGCGCCAGAAUAGAGACUAUCAUCCUGAUCUGAGAACGUGUUUCAGGAGAGAAACCAUCAUCCCAUAAUCAACAGAUCAGACCGGACCAAACCUGGAAUGAACAGGACUUUCUGGGACUCACAGGAAGUCUGUUAACCUGUCGGCUGAGAGAAGGAAACAGGAUACCUGCAUCAUUGUCUGACUACACUUAUAGGGAAAACUGAAGAAGUCUCUUUUUUUUCUGCAGUUUUGUUUCAUCUGACUCACAUUUAAGUUUUCAUUUUCUUCACAAUGUUUAUCAAAAAAACUAAGAAGCAGAAUCUUUCUUUUUCUAUGUCGGUUUCGCCACAAUUUCGUCUUAUCGGACACACGUUCUGCAUUUUCAUUAUCUUCACAAUGUUUAUCAACAAACCAUGACUAUUCAAACUCUGCUACGAUGAAAAGAGACGUUUUGCAUCAUAUCCUACUAGGUUUUUCUUUGUCGCUAUUUGUGUUAUUUCCAGGAUAAAGACACCUGUUCCUUCAAUCGCCACUGCUUCCCACUAACACUACCUGUCGAUCUCGCUAUGGCCAAUGUUACCAAAGGACAUCCUGUAUGCCUGCGCCCCACCCUCCAGCCAUACGAGCGUAAAUUAUGUAUAUCUUUAAAUAAAUACGAGUAUCUUCAGAGUAAACCUUCAUAUUGAAGGUGAAGUGUAAUGGAUUUGUAUGUAAAUGCCCUCAUUCUUCCGCUUGCAUUUUUGGCAAUGUUGCGCAUUGAUCAGAACAGAACCCCCCGUGAGGCGCCUCGCAAAUCUGGAGGACAUGAACUCGCUUCCGUCACCAUGACGCCACGAGAACAAUCUGGAAUGAACUCUUGACUUUGUCGAUGUUGUGUAAAUAUAAGUUAGAUGUGUAUAAAUUAGCGGAAAAAAUAAAUAAUUUAGAUGAAAAAAGCUACACAUUCAGGCCACUAAAUGAAUCAGUGUUUAUUGUAGGUGUUCCUACUCACUUACCUGUACAGCUUUACUUUCUUACACCUCUUCUACUUCUAGUUGUUCUUGUUAGUUUUGUGUCAGAGUGUUUGGAUGAGUCGACUAGCAUUGGGAAGGUGUUUUGUAACCACCUAAACUAGCUGGUACACUUAAAUGUAGUUCUGCUGUUAAUAAGCUGUACUAAUGUUGGUCUAACAGGGUCUUUAAAACCGCUAAUCUGUUUUCUAAACACGUGUUUACAUGGUAAGCAAACAAAAAUGUCGCAGUCAGGUAACAAACAAAUCCAGAGCUAGCUACAUGCACACAAAACUGCUGUCCUUCACUAGUAAACCACCUUUAUUAGUCAGAGUCACUCGCUCCAGAUGUUUCCAGAUGACAUUGUUAAAUGCGGUACAUGUUGUUUGUGUCGCCAGCUCUAUAGUUAUUUAGGUGUGCGUCUAAAUCAAACAUCUGUGUGACCAUUUUACAAACAGAUGCCUAAUGCCGCCCCAUUGAGCACACUCUACAUUAGCAGUCAAUGAAGCACUGGGUAGCACACACAGACAGACACAAACUCACACACAAACACAGACUUUUGUCGACUUUGGGCUGUUCCUCAAUUCAUAUCCAUAGAGAAGUAGUGUUAGCUGAUACUUUAUGUGCAGUGUUCGUAUGUGUGUGAAAAAUUAUCUGCUGCAUGGGCUCUGUUCCAAAAGCUAGUGAGGCUGUUCCAAAAGAUAGUCAGAAUGAUUAUAAUGCCUUCGAAGAUACCUUUUUUUUGGGCCAAAAUUUUAAGCAGCAUUGCAUGUAUCCUUUGCGGACAAGGAAAUCCCACAGUGUAUUGCAACUAGCAACAUGUUAGCUUAGCAACAUGCCAAUGCCAAACUCUUGAGUCUAGAAAUUUAUUUAUUUAUAUUACUAUAAAUGAAAGGUCAGACUGUAUUGAUUCAUGUGAAAAUGUUUACAUGGGUGGUGUAAAUCUGACCAGAGCAGUUUAAUUUCACUUUGCCCCUUUGAAUGAUGAUGUCUAUGUCAAAGCUUCAUAAAUAGAAGCAUGUAAAACCUGUCACGAUACUAUGAUAUUUGUUACAUAUAAUGUUUAAACGGUCUUUUGUUUACUUAUUAAUAAGAUUGCUCUGGCUCAUGUAAAUCAUGCUCACAGGACAAGUUAACAUGCAUUUGUUACAAUAGUCCCAUUUCCCAAUAGGCAGCUGAUUGAGUCACAUUAUAAAAUUACAUAUUUCAAAGUAUUGUUACAAUGAAACAAAGUAAAAUUAAAAAGAAAUAUGCAAUUAUUCUUGUUUUAUCAUUCUUUUUCCCCAACAAUUGCAGGUUAGUGAAAAAAUAUUGAAUAAUGUUACUUUAUUGUUUGCCAUUUCCUACUGAGUCUUAUUAAGGACUGUGCAAAAUUUGACUUAGUGUAGUUUCCCACCUGUUAUAAUUGUUAAAAAGAACAAAGUGCAUACUUUCACUAAUUAAAAAAACCCAACAAAAAACAAUAAAAAUACAUGUAGUUUGUUUCAUUAUUAGGCUAUCCAAAGGGUUAAAUACAUGUCAAUUUUGGAUUAAAUGGGUUGUUAUUUUAAAGAAAUUGUGGAGUCUUCCAUGUGCUGUGCAUAAGGAGUGCAAUUUGCAUUUCAAAUCAAUUGCUUAUGAGGUUCCAUUUCCAUUAGUAUGCUGCCUUAGAAGGCAGCUCACAAGGUCUUGGAACAGAGCUAUUGUUUGUUAAUUAAUAAGUCUUAUGGUUUAUGGUUAUUCAGUAAAAGCAACACGCACGCACACAAACACACGCACAUAAUCCAUCACGCAGAUAUACCCAAGGUGUUACACCUAAUUGGCUACAAUGAAUUUCACCAUGGCAACCAAAGAGUGCAUCGUCUCUUCAUGAAGGAUGACACAUUUUCACAGCUUCUGCCAAAAGGCUAUUUCCUUCAGGCAAAGACAUUAUGGUUGUUACAUUGAAGAAAGCGAAAACAUUCCUGAAUACGAUGGCACUGGUGAUAAUUCCACGUGUGUUUGCUCUUAUAAAAUCAUUAGCAGAAGAUUAAAAUGUCUGCCCUUUUGCCCAGUGUAAGAGGCCAGAGGCAGCUCAAUAAAUGACCGCAAAGUAUCUUCGCCCUGUGCCUCUCGUGGCUCACGUCCAGCUCAAUCACAUUGGGGCGUAACCAAGCUGUCCGGCGUCCUACCUUAUGGCCCAGCUGAAAAAUGGCUGACUUGUGCUCAUCGCCAUGGACACACUGGGGAGGGCGGAGCCUGCUGGGCUAACUGCCGUCACAGCAUAGGCUACGGAGAGUGAUGAAUGAGCCAGGGUGAGCGGGAACAAAAGAUAGAGGGAAACGACAGGCCGUAGAGAGUCCAGGAUGGGAAAUGGAAUUAGGUGAGAUGCAAAAUCGAGAACUAAAGAAAGGAAGUGAGAGAUUUUAGACUUUUAAGUCAACAUGAAAUCAAAACUGGCCCUUUUUACUAAUAAAACACAUGUUCCUAUUUUACUGAGUUUAACUUAUCAGUGCAUGUUAUUGAAAAAAAAAAAAAGAAAGAAAAUAUUUGUCUUUGUAAUCUGUUUUCAAAAUAUAAUAACUUGCUCUGCCUCUGAAACAACUUUCCUUUUUGGGUUACAUCACCAAGCCCUUUUAUUUUUCAACCCCUCCCCUCCAACGACAAAGUAGGUAUGUAACAUUCACUUUUCAGGAUCCAAUUAAUUCCCCCAAAAAAUCUAGUUCAAAUUUCAUGAUCCAAACAAUUUAUGAUGUCAAAUCCUGCCUCACAGUUUUGUUCUUGUUGAAUAUCCCAUUUCAUUCAAAAUUUAUGAAUAUCUGUUUGCAGAAGUAAAAUGGGUUGUAAACAAAAUUUCAUGUUGACUUCAGGUAUGUGUGUGUGAGAGCACAAGUGUGUUGUUUAAUAUUGGUUGAUGAAUAUGGGUUUUUCAAAGGCUGACACUGAUAUCUUGAGAGCAGGGUGACCGAUGGGCAAUAUAAUAGCAAUAUAUACAAUCUAAUUUAAUGUAAAAAAAAUAAAAAUAAAUAAUAAAGUAACUUAAAUCAAGUGAACACUUAUUUUUCGCAAUAUUUGAGAACAGAACAUUUCCAUUGGCAAGAUUGUGGGUUUGGAACUGACGCAAAGGGGAUCCUACUUCUAUUAAUCGGUGAAGCAAAAAACAGUUAUCACCAAUGCGAUAAUCUCAAAAUUGCCAAAUAUUAGUCGAUUAAUUGCCAUUGCUGUUUAAUCAGUCUGCCACUAUAGUGCUUCACUACUUGCACAUAGACAGCUUCAUUGUAAUGUAACGCACAUGUAGAACCAUUAAGGCUGAAACAUACUUCACAAAAGAACCCAAACGCAGACGCGAGCGCAUGGCCAACGCAUAGUCCCGUUGUACAUACAUUACGUGCGCUCUUGCAUUGCUCUGGCAGUUACAAACCUCAGAUCACAAGGAGGCAAUAGAUUUUUUUAGGUGUGACCACAAAACCAGUGCUGUGUCCGAAACCAGGAAUAUGCUGCCUUCGGAGGCUGUAUACGGAGGCAGGAUGAAAAUAAGGUGCUUUUCAAACUGUUUGGAGACCAGUUUCCUUAAGAGUUCCAUUCAUUCAAAACAUCUGUCAGUUAAGCCAUUAACUGAUUAGGCAGCAAGUCAGUUGCAUGUGUUUUCGGAUGGAGCCUGGAUGUGGUAGAUGAGUUGAUAGUUGAGGAGUGGGUAGAAACACAGAGAAAAAACAAGUUAAUUUGAAUGGACUGGGGACAAAAAGUCAUAUAUAUUUUUCAAAAAGAUUCAACUCAAAUUGCUGCCUGAGUCCACCAUGACAGUUGUUGAUUGAAAGAAGAAAAUCUGCUUUAGCGCAACUUGCGGCAACGCUGACAAUGCAGCGCGUACUUGCGUUGUGUUAUGAAUUGAGCGCUGACACAUUUCACAACGCAACGACGUGUAAAAUCGAGCUUGCGUAGCAAGGUGCGACUGCGUUCACGUACUUGCGUAGAGUAUGUUUGGGCCUUUGCAGAUGUAAUAUAUGCUUUAUAUUUGAAUAUGUACAUUAAGGGAAUUGUUUGUAAUGCGAAUAUGUCCUCCGUCUGUCAUAUCUCUCUUUUGUUAUUUUAAACUUUCUGUUUGCACAUGUUCAGAAAAACACAAUCGAAACAAAAGUAGUGGCCUGGCACCAUCGAGAUGAUCUUCAUCUCCUGCAGGGGUCUUCUCCUCUUCCUCCAUUCGAGAGUUGAGGGAAUGGGCACUCUGAAGGUGAACAGAAAUUAUUUGACUCUAAUUUUAUCACUCUUUGCCUGGAGUGUCGACACAUUCUAGAGUGUUCUAGAGACCGUUUGGCUCUGGAUCAGCGGUGAUGCUUUUACUGUGCCAACUGAAGUCUGAGCGGUGUUGUGUGCAUGUGUUCACCAGCAUGCCUCAGACUUCACAAGCACAAACAAAAAGCAAGUUUAGAACAAACAAAAGCAAUGCCUGACACUGCCUGUAGGAACGGGCCUGUUUUUUGUUUUUUUGCUUUUUUUUGCUUGUUUUUUUUCAGUGCUUCAAACUUUACUUUCAUGUUAAAGCAAUGAAGCAAUUCUUUUGACAACUGAGAAUUAAUGAGAGAAAGUGUCAAAGGGUUCAAAAGAGGUGAACUGUUGAUAUUACUAGCAUGGCAUGGAUAAUAGCUCAUACUGUUUUGUAGAUACUGAAAGAAAGACAGCCUCCAUCCGCGCCGUCAAGGCUAUAUAGUUAACACUCGUUUCUUGUGAUGAGUAUGUCAGAGUUUGAAACUGUAACUUUCUGAGAAUUAUUGUACUGAAAUGCACUCAAUAAAGACCUUGGAAAA